AUGGCCCCUCAGCCCGACCAAAGCCACAACCUGGCUCUCGAGCUCCAAGAUGGCUAUGUCUGCUUUGGACAAAGCUUCGGUGCUGACAAGAGCAUCUCGGGUGAGCUGGUCUUCCAGACUGGCAUGGUCGGUUACCCCGAGUCCAUAACCGACCCCUCGUACAGAGGCCAAAUCCUCGUCAUCACAUUCCCCCUGGUCGGCAACUAUGGCGUGCCCUCGAGGGAAGACAUGGACAGCCUUCUGGAAGGCGUCCCGGCCCACUUUGAGUCCAAGGAGAUUCACAUUGCCGGAUUGGUCGUCGCCACAUACGCCGGAGAGGAGUACUCGCACCACCUGGCCACGUCUUCGCUGGGCACAUGGCUCAAGGAGCAGGGCGUGCCCGCCAUCACAGGCGUCGACACGCGAGUCCUCACCAAGCGUAUUCGCGAGGAGGGAAGCAUGCUGGGCCGUCUUCUGCAGAGGACCGCACCAGCCCCCGCUGCCCCUCUCACCGACGGCGAGGCAGACUGGAGGGACAGCUUCGACAAGAUUGAGUGGCUGGACCCCAACAAGAAGAACCUGGUAGCUGAAGUCUCCAUCAAAGAGCCCAAGCUUUACUCGCCCGACCCCGCUACUGCACUCAAGCACCCCUCUGGCCGCCCAGUUCGCGUCGUCACUGUCGACGUUGGUCUCAAAUACAACCAAUUGAGAUGCCUGGUGCGGAGGGGAGUCGAGGUCCUCCAGGUGCCCUGGGACUACGACUUCCCCAAGCUUGCCGGCAAGGACUACGAUGGUCUCUUCAUCUCCAACGGUCCUGGUGACCCAGCCAUGAUGGAGUCGACCGUGAAGCACAUCAAGGCCGCCAUGGACGAGGCCCGAACACCCAUCUUCGGUAUCUGUCUUGGCCACCAGCUGCUCGCUCGAGCAGCCGGCGCCAGCACCAUCAAGAUGAAGUUUGGUAACCGUGGUGCCAACAUUCCUUGCACAAGCUUGCUCACAGGAAAGUGCCACAUCACAUCGCAGAACCACGGAUAUGCGGUUGACUCCAAGACUCUCCCCAGUGGCUGGGAGGAGCUCUUCGUCAAUGCCAACGAUGGCAGCAACGAAGGUAUCCGGCACCAGGAGAGGCCCUACUUCAGUGUGCAGUUCCACCCCGAACACACACCCGGCCCCCGCGACACCGAAUACCUGUUCGAUGUCUUCAUCAGCACUAUCCAAAAGGCCAUGGCGUCAUCUCAAGUCAUGUCGCAGCCAGUCGAGUUCCCUGGCGGCACUUUCGAAGAGAACAGAAAGCUUACCCCGCGCGUCGACGUCAAGAAGGUGCUUGUCCUUGGAAGUGGAGGCUUGAGCAUUGGACAGGCUGGAGAGUUUGACUACUCUGGUAGCCAGGCCAUCAAGGCGCUCAAGGAAGAGGGCAUCUACACCAUCUUGAUCAACCCCAACAUUGCCACGAUUCAAACCUCAAAGGGCCUCGCCGACAAGGUCUACUUCUUGCCAGUCAACGCAGACUUUGUCCGCAAGGUCAUUCAGAAAGAGCGACCUGACGGUAUCUACGUGACCUUUGGUGGCCAGACGGCACUCCAAGUCGGUAUCCAACUCAAGGAUGAGUUUGAAGGCCUUGGCGUCAAGGUUCUGGGCACCCCCAUUGACACCAUCAUCACUACCGAGGACCGAGAGCUCUUUGCCCGAAGCAUGGAGAAGAUUGGAGAAAAGUGUGCCAAGUCGGCAUCUGCCAACAACGUAGAAGAGGCCAUGCGUGCCGUCAAGGACAUUGGCUUCCCAGUUAUUGUCCGGGCAGCCUAUGCUCUGGGUGGACUGGGAUCUGGUUUCGCAAACAACGAGGCACAGCUGCUUGACCUCUGCAACAAGGCUUUCGCCGCCAGUCCCCAGGUGCUCAUUGAGCGCAGUAUGAAGGGAUGGAAGGAGAUUGAGUACGAAGUCGUCCGUGAUUGCCGAGACAACUGCAUCACAGUCUGCAACAUGGAGAACUUUGACCCUCUUGGUAUCCACACUGGAGACUCUAUUGUCGUCGCGCCUUCGCAGACUCUUUCAGAUGCCGACUACAACAUGCUGCGGACGACCGCCGUCAAUGUCAUCCGUCAUCUUGGUGUUGUUGGCGAAUGCAACAUUCAGUAUGCGCUCAACCCCUUCUCCAAGGAAUACUGCAUUAUCGAGGUCAACGCUCGUCUGUCGCGUUCAUCUGCCCUUGCUUCCAAGGCUACUGGAUACCCUCUUGCGUUCGUUGCCGCCAAGCUGGGUUUGAACAUUCCCCUCAACGAAAUCUCCAACUCCGUCACACGCUCCACUUGUGCUUGUUUCGAGCCUUCCCUCGACUACGUCGUAGUCAAGAUCCCCCGCUGGGAUUUGAAGAAGUUCACCCGCGUGUCAACCCUUCUCGGCUCAUCUAUGAAGAGUGUCGGAGAGGUCAUGAGCAUUGGCCGGACGUUCGAGGAAGCCCUGCAAAAGGCGAUUCGCGAGAUUGAUCCCAGCAACCUUGGUUUCAACGAGACCCCGGCUUUGAUGGAGAUUGACCAGGAGCUGCAAACGCCCUCUGACCAGCGACUCUUUGCUAUUGCCAACGCCAUGAAGGCUGGCUACAGCGUCGACAAGAUCUGGGAAAUGACGCAGAUCGACAAGUGGUUCCUCAGCCGCCUCAAGUCUCUUAGUGACUUUGAGAAGUUGAUGGCAGACUACGACACGGUCAGCAUCACGAAGCCCUUGGUCAAGAAGGCCAAGCAGCUUGGAUUCUCUGAUCGCCAGCUUGCCAAAUUCUGGGCUUCCAACGAGCUUGCUGUUCGUCGCGUACGUGUCGAUGCUGGCAUCUUCCCCGUUGUCAAGCAGAUCGAUACUGUCGCGGCCGAGUUUCCUGCUGUGACAAACUACCUCUACCUCACAUACAACGGCACUGAGCAUGACAUUGGCUUCAACGACAAGGGUAUCAUGGUGCUUGGUUCUGGUGUGUACCGUAUCGGGUCGUCUGUCGAGUUCGACUGGUGCUCUGUCCGCGCCAUUCGCACACUCAGGCAACAGGGCUUUAAGACUGUCAUGUUGAACUACAACCCUGAGACGGUGUCCACUGAUUACGACGAGGCCGACCGCCUCUACUUUGAGUGUAUCUCGCUGGAAACCGUGCUCGACAUCUACACCAUCGAGAACUCGAGCGGUGUCGUCGUCAGUAUGGGUGGCCAGACCUCGAACAACAUUGCCCUGCCUCUGCACCGCAUGAACGUCAAGAUUCUCGGCACCUCGCCAGAGAUGAUUGACACGGCAGAGAACAGAUACAAGUUCUCUCGUAUGCUUGACCGUAUCUCUGUCGACCAGCCCGCCUGGAAGGAGCUGACAAGCAUUGAGGAGGCGACCGAGUUCUGCGAACGCGUGUCCUACCCUGUCUUGGUCCGUCCUUCGUACGUCUUGUCCGGAGCCGCCAUGAACACUGUCUACUCCAAGCACGAUUUGGCCAACUACCUGAACCAAGCAGCCGAUGUGUCCAAGGAACACCCCGUUGUCAUCACCAAGUACAUUGAGAACGCAAAGGAAAUCGAAAUGGACGCCGUCGCCAACAACGGUACCAUGAUUGGCCACUUCAUUUCCGAGCACGUUGAGAACGCUGGUGUCCACUCCGGCGAUGCCACGUUGAUUCUGCCUCCUCAAGAUCUGGACCCCGAGACCGUCAGGCAAAUCGAGGAUGCUACUCGCAAGAUCGGAGCAGCCCUCAACAUUACCGGACCGUACAACAUCCAGUUCAUUGCCAAGGACAACGAGAUCAAGGUCAUCGAGUGCAAUGUGCGCGCCUCGCGAUCCUUCCCCUUCGUCUCCAAGGUCAUGGGUGUGGACCUGAUUGAGAUGGCUACCAAGGCCAUGGCCGGUCUGCCUGUCACCGAGUACCCACCCACCAACGUUCCCGCAGAGUACGUUGGUGUCAAGGUUCCCCAGUUCUCCUUCUCCCGUCUCUCCGGUGCCGACCCCGUUCUCGGUGUAGAGAUGGCCUCCACUGGUGAGGUCGCUUGCUUUGGUCGUACCAAGUAUGAAGCCUACAUCAAGGGUCUCAUUGCCACUGGCUUCAAGCUUCCAAAGAAGAACAUCUUGCUGUCUAUUGGUUCGUUCAAGGACAAGGUGGAGAUGCUGCCAUCAAUUGAGCGCCUGCACAAGAUGGGCUACAACCUCUUCGCUACCGCCGGAACUGCCGAUUACAUUCAAGAGCACGGCAUUCCCGUCAAGUUCUUGGAAGUCCUUUCCAGCGGCGAACACGAUGAGCAGAAGCAAGAGUACUCGCUCACCCAGCACUUGUCGAACAACCUGAUCGAUCUGUACAUCAACCUGCCAUCAAGCAACCGCUUCCGCCGACCUGCCAACUACAUGAGUAGGGGUUACCAGACGCGUCGUAUGGCCGUGGACUACCAGACGCCCUUGGUCACCAACGUCAAGAACGCCAAGUUGCUGAUCGAGGCACUCUCCCGCCACUACGAUAUGGAGGUUAGCAAGGUGGACUUCCAGGACUUUACUGUUGCUCCCGGCCCCCACGAUCAAUCCUCUGGCGCCCUUUCAACCCUCAACGGCUCUCUGUCUCUGACGCAGCUCCUUGCGAGGUCGCCGUUCAAGCGGGAGCACAUCACCUCUGUCAAGCAAUUCUCUCGAGCCGACCUCCAUCUUCUGUUCACUAUUGCGCAGGAGAUGCGUCUGGGCACUCAGCGACAGGGCUGCCUCGAUAUCCUCAAGGGCCGUGUGCUUUGCACCAUGUUCUGUGAGCCUUCGACUAGGACGUCUGCUUCUUUCGAUGCUGCAAUGAAGCGCCUUGGCGGUGAGGUUGUCGUCAUCAACGAGUCAGUUUCUUCUACCCAGAAGGGCGAGUCUAUUGCCGACACCAUUCGCACUUUGGGCUGCUACGGCGAUGCCAUUGUGCUUCGACACCCAUCUGAGGAGUCCAUCGACAUUGCCACCAAGUUCUCUGAUGUCCCAAUCAUCAACGCUGGUAAUGGUAGCCGCGAGCACCCGACUCAGGCCCUCCUUGACAUCUUCACCAUCCGUGAAGAGCUUGGAACCGUCAACGGUCUCAACAUCACUUUUGUUGGCGACCUGAAAUAUGGCCGCACUGUGCACUCGCUGUGCGAGCUUCUUUCUCACUACGACGUUACGAUUAACCUCGUCUCCCCCGAGUCUCUCAACAUGCCGUCGGGCGUAACCAAUGCUCUCAAGGCCCGGGGUCAGCUGAACAAGGUCUCGAGUGACCUGACUGACGACAUUGUCGCUUCUUCCGAUGUCAUCUACUGCACUCGUGUGCAAAAGGAGCGCUUCCCUGACAUGGCGAGCUACGAGGCAGUCAAGGAUGCGUUUGUCAUUGACAACAAGUUGUUGAAGGGAGCAAAGGAAAACAUGAUUGUCAUGCACCCGCUACCAAGGAACAACGAGAUUAACGAAGAGGUGGACUUUGACCCCAGGGCGGCAUACUUCAGACAGAUGCGAUACGGCCUGUACACGCGCAUGGCACUGCUGGCUAUGGUCAUGGCACCGUAGAUGCACUGUAAUGCGUACGACUUCAUGGCAGGCGUUUUUUUUGCUUUUUUCACGGUUUCAUGAAUCCCAACAGAACAAGAAAAGUUUCUUUCCUUUAACAGCUAUCUCCCUGUGGAAUCUACAUGCAGGACCAUACACAGACACACUGUUGAUAGAUAGUCAAAAGCAUUUCCACGGAGUUUUGUAACACGGUAUAAGGGUAUAUGUAUGAUGUAUAAAUUAGACAACGGGUAAGGGGGGAAGUUAUUUCAGUUUGAUUUCAGUUAAUUUGUACUUUUUUUUGUUUUUUUUGUUUCUUAUCGUCUGUUGGAAUCGAUUGGGGUUUCGGGUGGGGCGCAGCUAGCUUGGUUGGCAACGGCUAGGCGCAUAUUUGGCAAAGGGUCAAAAGGCUAUUUUCUUUUUCUC